AUGGUCCCCGUGGCGCUGCCGCACUAUUGGGCGCUGGAGUUGGUCGACUUCAGGAUUGGAAACCGUUCCCUGAUGGAUACUGACCACUCCGCGAAGAAAUACUUGAUCAUCGACACAGGCACGACAUACUUCACUGCGCCGGACUCCAUCUACGAUGCUGUGAUGGCGCAGUUUCCAGAGGUGCCCUGCUCCCAAGCCGAAGCUUACCCGCCCCUCACCUACGUCCUGCGGAGUGGUGACAAGGAGACGUACGACCUAGAAGUCAAGCAAGAGACGUACAUGGUCGGCGAUGAUGCCAACUUCUGCGUCCCUGCCUUCAUGAAGCUGGAUGUCAAGAAGCA